GGAGAUUUAUUCACUGAAAAUACAGACAUGUUAUGUAAUCAAGUCUUCGAACGGUGAUGUUAUAAAUCAAGCAUAUUAAUCACAUCAGUACCCCUCUCCAGUUUUCAGUUUUGGAAAGUCUUUCACUUCUCAAACCAUCCGUGCAUCUGUUCUCAAUUCAUACUCACAGUGUUUGACGUUUCAAUCCUCCUCCUGCGAGUGUGUUUUAUUGCCAUAUACCUAAAGUUGAAAGCAGACUUUUAUUAUCAAGUUUUCUAAAAUUUUGGGUGGCGAAAGCAACUUUGAUUUUGUGGAGAAGCAUGUCGGACAAACCUGUCAUCACUACAAGUUAUGGAAAGCUACAAGGGGGAACCGCAAUAUCCAGGAAAGGAAGGAAAUUCCAGUAUUUUUCUGGAAUUCCAUAUGCAGAACCACCUGUUGGUCCUUUGCGGUUCAAGCCACCAAUUCCUCACAAAGGAUGGGAAGGGAUUCGUGAUGCUUCAAAGGAAGGAAGUCCUGCUGUGCAGAUUGACAUGUUCUCUAGCAAAACGUGUGGGAGUGAGGACUGUCUUUUUGCCAACAUUUACACACCAACAUGUGAUGGACCUUUGAAGCCAGUUCUGGUAUUGAUUCAUGGAGGUGCCUUUGGAAUUGGAUCGGGUAGUGCUGUACUUUAUGGAGGAAAUUUUUUGAUGGAUCAUGACAUCGUAUUGGUAACCUUCAAUUACCGUCUUGGUGCUCUUGGUUUUCUGAAUUUAGACGUAGAAGGUGCCUCUGGAAACAUGGGAAUGAAAGAUCAAGUCUUACUCUUAAAAUGGAUUCAAGAAGAAAUUAAAAGCUUUGGUGGAGACCCAAAUAGUGUUACAAUUAGCGGAUGCAGUGCUGGUGGCGCCAGUGUCCACUAUCACAUGGUCUCACCGCUAUCGAAAGGCCUCUUUCAUAAGGCGAUAGCAGAAAGUGGGACGAUUCCAUGCGAAUGGGCUUUCAUGAAACACCACUACAAGAGCAGCUUUGAUUUGGGGAAACACCUUGGCUUUGAUGCAGGAAACAAACAAGAACUGUUGGAACAUCUUAUGACAGUUCCAGCAGAACGUUUUGCUGGAGUGCAGAAUCUUGUUGUGCCUAAGGAAAAGAUUGUUAAAGGGAACGGCUGGGCUUUUGUACCUAGUGUUGAAACAGUUGGAGAUAACAGAUUUUUGUCCACCGAUCCUCAUGAAUUGAUUGUCGGCAAUAAUGCAGCUGAUGUACCUUUCUUGACGGGUGUUAACACCCAUGAAGGGUUUCUCAUUUUGGCAAAACUUACAAGUCAUCCGCAUGUACUUGAGACAUUAAACAAAGACUUCAAAGUUAUAUUUGAAGACCUGGCAUUUCCUCCAUCUCUAACGACUGAAGAAAUUGCAGCACUUGCAAAUAGGAUUAAAAGUAAAUAUUUCAAGGAGGAAAUCAUUGAAUACCCAAAACACUUUCAAGAACUUGUUGAUCUCUAUGGAGCACUUCUCAUAAAGAUUUCCACUGUUCUCACCGUUCAUCAUCUCAAGAAUAAACCUCGGAAAAACCCAAUUUUCUUCUACACAUUUUCUGUGGAUACACCGCUGGGAUGGUACAAGCAAGAUCUCAUCAAGAAUAAGACACUAAAACCAGGACAAGAAGGAGUUUCUCACUGCGAUGAGCUUGGUUAUUUGUACAGCUGUGCUUUUAACACUGGAAAAGUCAUUGAAAAAGGAUCUUUGGCUGAUGUAACCAUAGAACGAAUGACCACAAUGUGGGCAAAUUUUUUGAAAACAGGGGACCCAAGUGCGGAUAUUAAAUGGAAGCCUGUCUUCUCUCCAGAGUUUGAUAACCCAAUGGGAUUGAAUAUUGGGGUGGACCUAAUAUUCGAACCUGCUAAAGAAUUUGAACUCUUAUCAACCUUCAAGGAACUUAUUAAACCAUCUCAUCAACAUUUUAUUUUAGGAAAAAUGUCAAACCCUGAUCAACCAGAAGUUAGGAUUUCACAAGGUGUUUUACGAGGUCGAAAGAAAACAUCUAUCUUGGGUCAAACUUACUACAGUUUCCUCGGCAUUCCAUAUGCUAAGCCCCCAGUCGGUCAUCUUCGGUUCAGGGCUCCGCGACCUCCCUCUAACUGGUUCGGAAUCCGAGAUGCCUCACGAGAAGGAGAUGUCUCACGGCAACUUUACCCACACCCUAGCCAAGCUGGCCACAGCUUGAUUGGCAGUGAGGAUUGCCUUUACUUAAAUGUCUUCACACCCUCAGUACCUGUAAAGAAUGCAGAGACAAAUAUUCUCAAACCUGUUAUGGUUUGGUUCUACUAUGGUGCAUUUGCCUAUGGGAAUGGAAAUCCUGAUUUCUAUGGCCCUGAUUACCUUCUUGAGAAGGAUGUUAUUGUUGUCACAUUCAAUUACAGAGUUGGCCCCAUAGGGUUUUUGUCAUUGAACAUCAAAGAAGCGCCAGGAAAUGCAGGUAUGAAGGAUCAAGUUGCUAUGUUGAGGUGGGUGAAGAAAGAGAUCCAGCAUUUCGGUGGUGAUCCCAAUAACAUCACUCUUUUCGGUGAAAGCUCAGGUGGAGCGUCUGUCCAUUUGCACAUGAUUUCUCCUCUCUCGAGAGGCCUAUUCAAUAAAGCUAUCCUUCAGAGUGCAACUGCCUACUGUGGUUGGGCUUUUGCUCCUAUGAAAGUCUUGUACGAAAGGACCUUGAGGUUAGCCAAUCAGCUAGGCUGUGUUUCUCAAGACCCUAAUGAAAUUUUGGAAUUCUUGAGGAAACAUCCAGUAGACAAACUGGUGUGGGCUCAACAUGAAAUUGUGGCUGAUGCUGAAAAAGCCUCUGCACAAUACUUCAUGUUUCUUCCAACAAUAGAGUCUCACCAUUCUCUCGAUGAGCCAUUUUUAACCGAGGACCCACGAACAUUGAUCAGAUCAGGGAAUUUCUACAAAGUUCCGACAAUGUGUGGAUUUACAGAAAAAGAAGGACUUUUUAAUCUUUUUACAACAUCAAAGAGAUUCAUCGAACUUCUUGUCAAUGGAUUCGAAGACUAUUUGCCGCAGCGCAUGUUUCGAUGGAUAGAUUCAAUAUCCAGAGACUCUCCUUGUUAUGAAAAAAUUCGUCGCAGGUAUUUUGAUGGAUUAGAAAGCAAACUUGCGAAGUCUACAAUUCACCAUGCUGAGUUUCCAACUCUAGAGAAGUAUUUCACGGAAGUGUGUUUUAAGUACCCUAUAAUGGCGGCAGCUAUUGACAUGCACAAAUAUAUGACCCCAGAAAUACCUAUUUACACAUACUACUUCACCUUUGCUGGAGCUUUAGGAUGGAACAACAGACGUGCUAAUUUUCCAGUAGACAAAUCAGUUGUUGCCCAUGGAGAUGAGCUUGGAUACUUGUUCCAUAUUUCUGUGUUAAAGAAGCCUAAAUUAUCUCCAGAUGCUCCAGAGUUUAAAACAAUUGAACGAAUGACUCAAUUCUGGACCAAUUUUGCAAAACGCGGGAACCCUAAUCCAGAUACAAUCUCACCUUUGUUCCCAUGUGUUUGGCGACCUAUGAGUGAAGAUGGCAAUUUUAGAGCCCUGAAAAUUGAUGAAAAGCUAGAAGAAUUGGAUUCUAUAGAAGUUUUUGAUUUCUGGCAUCCCAUCGAUGUAUUUUUAGAAAAUUAACUGUAGACCAUUGUUGACUGAAAUAAUUUAUUUCUUAUCUAAAUUUUAUAUCUUUUUUACAUUAAAUAUGCUCAUUUGUAUUUCACCGUGUGAAUAUAGAAUUGACUUGAAACUUUUUCUUGUCCGUUCUAUUUCUUUUCAAUACUGAAAGACUAAUGAAGCCAGUUGGUUAAUUGUUCCAAAGGGGUUACAGGGGAGACCUUGCACGAACUUGUUAAAUGAUUAAACUAUUUGAAACGACGAGUAA